AAGAAAGCUAAGAAGAAUGUGCCGUGAGUCGAUGAAAUGUUGCAGGCAACUGCACAAGCGCGAUCGGGAAAUGGGAUAAAUUGAUAAAACGAAUCAAAGUUUCAGGAGAAAUAAACGAUUCUCCAAUCGUGUUACGUUUUGAGACAGGACGAUGGAUUGGCCAGGAACAGCGGCCAGCUAGCCAAUCGUCGCGCGUCGACCGACCGGAAUCCAGAGGUUAACCCUCCGAUGAUUACGCAUGUCGAACCGGAACCACAAUCGCAUAUCUCAUCAAAAUAUAUCCUGUGACAGAGAGGGAUCGAACCAAAAGAGAAAAUUGAUGAUAAUAAUAUUUCAAUCCAAAGACUGAUCGGUGAUGACCGAUCGUGAAUUAUAUACGCUAUUAUAUAUAUAUAAACCAUAUACGAUUUGAGGCGCUGUGAGCGUCUGUUUGUAAAACUUGUACUUUGAUACGUAUUCUCAACAUAUCGAUUUUGUGUAUUCUGAUGAAUCUCUGAAAAAAAGUCAAACGAAAGAAUGAUAGUCGUUCGAGAGGAAAGGAGACUACGCGAUUGAGGAUGAAGUCGCAACGAAUGACGAUCACAAUGCACGUAUACAUUAAAAACAAAUCGACGGAAGAUUCUGAAAAAAUAUGUUCCCCGUGAAUGUUUUGCGGACUCUGGGUAAUGCUGCGACACGAACUCCUCCACUUUUGUUUACAUCGACGACAAUUUCGAGAGCCCGCUCGUGAUAUAAAUUCGUGAAACUUGAUGCGACACAUUUAGUGAUGUUCAAAGUGAAAAACGGGUAGAGGGAAAAGAACGAUUAAAAAAUGUGAAAUUUUUUGUUGCUCCUCCGGUGGCCCACACAAUGUUCGAGUGCGCGAUUGUCAAAAUCGGGGCGUGCAGACUUUGAGGUUAUACGGGCUAGCUCGAGCAGGGAAUUUCUUUUUUCCGUGCGAGCUCGUUGUUUUCCCACGUGCUUAUUACGUGCGCGUUAAGUUCGACGUAUUUAACGCCAACGGGCCGAGUAAUUGCGCGACGACAGAAUGGGUUGUGGACAGAGCAAAAUCGGUAAUAUCUACUCGAAAAACAAGAAGAAUAAAAACAACUCGAGCAAGAAAAGUAACGACUCGAUACGAUCGGCUUCGAUCGAACAGAAAAACGGAAGUACGAAGAGCAACAAAACGAACAACAAUGGGGCCGAGGUCAAUCGAAACGAGGACAAUCAAAACGGCUCGGUCGACGUCAAGUCCCAGGCAAAAAAGAAGUCCGGUGGGCCCGGAAGUGGACCACUGUUGCAACAAGCCGAGGUGUCUUCCAGUCAGCUGGACUUCUUCAAAAUGCUGGAUGAAAAAAUUGAAAACGGUCCGGACUACGACGAGAGUUUGGACGCGACGAUGAGGGCUGAAAGGAUAUCGGAUUUGAUGCGUCGUUGGGAAUUGGCGAGUAUGAGUUGGUCGAGCGUCGCGGAUUUGAACAAUCCAGUUUGUUUGAUGAUGCCGUCGACCGAGAACGUUGGAUUGUCGAAUUCUCGUCAGAAUUUGACUGCGAAAGAUCGGGAAGGAAUGAGGAACAUAAUCGGUGGUCGUCCGGAUAGCGCUCCUGUCUUCGGGAGAAACGCGAAUCGCGUUGAUGGAUUGCAAGAGGUUAAUUCACCUUCGGCGAAUAUGCCGAGGCACGUACUCGAGUCGAUAACCCAAAGUCCGACCCAGAGUCUGAAGAACGCCGGCUCAUUAUCGGUCUGCACCGAUUCACCGACGAGUCUCCACCGUUUCCAGGAUUAUAAUACGAAAGAGUACAACGCGAACGUUGCUGCUACGAUUAAUCCGCGAGUAUCACGCUCGAAUUAUGAAACCUCAGGCGGGGGUGCUGUCAACGGUGAAUACGUGACGCAACAAGCGCUCUAUCGGGAACAAUAUCUUCAACAGACCGGUAUUAUUGCUGUACAACCGCAAUUCACAGCGAGCCACAACAACAGUCCCAAUAACGUCGUGUCCAGUGUUUUGCGUAACAAUCCAUACGUACAACAAUUCCAAUUGGCCAACAAUUCCAGCCCUCAACAUUUCGCUAGUCGCAAACGUGGCUACAACAACACCGCCCAAAUGACGUGACCGGUAUGCCCGUUGAUCCUCUGACACGUGACAAGACUGAUUAAUAACGCUCCAAGUCGCCGCCUACUAACGAGCCGCGCUCCUCGAACCCUUCGAGUCGAUCUUUUCCUCAUUUUCCUCGAGAUUUAUUCAGUCGCGAAUUUACUACCGAGUCUUUAACAAAUAACCUCGUUUUCGCUCGUUCAACGCGAGGCAAAGUAUCGAGCUUUUUUAAGGACAAUUAAAACCCGCGAAUCUUGCGCGACGUUUUUAUCCAACAUACAUUUUUCUCGUAUCUAAUCGUCACGAGAUGUCCGCUGCGUUUUUCUAAAACAUCCGUGACCAAUGAAAAAAAGCAGAGUCAAAGGGCUUGCAACGAAAAAAAAAACAAACAAAUCAAACAGAACAGAGUAAGCCUGAAGAAAAACGAGCAUGAAUUUUAAUCGAAUUUCAUAUUUGAUGAGCUCGCAAAAAAAUCGAUAUUCGCGUAUAAAGAACUGAGUGUGAUAAACGAGCUCGAAUUAAUGUUGAAUUUCAAUAUCCGAAGGACUCGUUUCGAAAAAUUUCACAAAUAAAUUGAAGAAAUAGUCUGAAAAAUGAGUCCGCAUUACAGCCAGCCGGAUUUCAUUCUCGACGGACCGAUUAAAAAAACGAACUUGCAAAAAUGAAGGAAAAAAACGUACCGAAUUAUUGUUGAAUUAGAACCUUCGCACUCGAAAUCUUCGACAACAGGAGUCAUAACGAGUAUACGACAAAAAACAUUUGAGCGUUGACCGAAAAAUUCACGAUUCAGCGAAAAAAUGGUGUGCACUGAUUUAUCUUGAAAUUGAAUUAGCGAUUCGAGAAUUGAUCUUCGUAAAGUGCCAAAAGCGACAAAGUAUAUCAAGUUUGAAAUAAAAUUCCACGGGGUCAUGCCGGGUACCAGAAAACUUUCGAAAUAUAUCCACAAAAGUAUAAUUCGUGUCAAUAUUCGAUGUUUCUUGUUGAAAAUCUGAAGUAAUAAAACUGCGAGUCAGGAAAAAAAAUAUAGAAGGAGAGAGAAAGAAAAAUUGACAAAACGUAAGUGAUGUGUGAAUCUGACGUUAGAAUUUUGUAUAAAUGUAUUAGCGGAGGGUAUCAGUGGGCAGCAUCCAUAUAAAUAUAUAAAUAGUACACGCAUGUAUAUACAUAUAAAAUACAUCUGUGCGAAUAUAACGCGUACAUAAAAAUACACUCGUUCACGUAUCAAUGAUACAUACAUGUUCUGUGUGCAAGGGAACGAAGAAAAUCUGGUGAAAAAAUUGCUGAAUGUAAUAACCGUGUAUAGAAAUUCGAUGUAUAUCGCUCUACUCGUGAGAUCACAUAUAUAUAUGUAUCGAUACUGUAUAUAUAACUUGUUGAGACCCAGAGUAUCCGCGUGUACCUUCGUUCAAUUUUGUAAAAAGCGUUGUACCGUUCGACAUCGAGGGCAAAUCAAUCCCCGAGUACAAAUGUGUCGUUUUCAAAAAUCCAUUUUACCAUUUCAAACAUAGCGAUUAAUAAUUUUUCCAAAUUUCUAAACACCUGCGUUUUUCUACGAAACGUCAAAACCGUCAGGCGCCAACUUUUACAUUUUUUCAUUUCCAAUUAUUCUGGGUCUCGAACGAAGGAAUUUAUGUGCGUAUGUAUAGUACAUGUGUAUGUAUAUGAAACUUGAUACCUUAUAUAUGUGUUUAUAUGUAUACUAUUUUCACGACAAGACAUUUGGAAACAUUGACGCGCGAUGACUGUAUUAUAUUUAUAUGUUGACAAUAUGUUAAAGGUGGAACGAUAGAAGACAAAAAGAAAUAGAAAUGCAAAAGAAUUGAAGUAACAGACAAAAACAACAGAGAAAUGAUACUACCGAUAUAAUAGUUGAUGAUUGAGAGAGUUUUAUAUAUCAUGUUGACGCAUUGUCGCUAAUAAAUUAUAUACGCAUCGUCGAAAAUGAGAUGAACGAUUAUGGGACGAAAGAGUGAGAGGGAGAAAACAAGGUGUAUGAGAGAUUUACUUUUAUCGCCCAAUAUCAGCGCCUCCGAGCGCCAUCUUCAAGUACCAAAACUUUAGUUCCUUCGAAAUCGUGUUUUUUUUUCGCUCUUUUUGAUAAAUAAAAGAAAAAAACUGAAAAAAUUCGUCGCCCCUUAAA